ACCAAUCAAAUGAACACUCCGAUCGGGAUAUGCUUCAGAUAUCUUCUGCUCCAAGACCUUGGCGCGUUCGCUCGGACUGCUGGUAGCGGGAACGCGUGUGAUGAGAACCUCAGUACCGUUAGCCUCUAGAACCUCUCUGAUCCCACGCCAGUGGGUGACCUGCAUAGGCGCGAUAGCCGGUCCAAUAGUCACAGAAUCGAAACCCAGUAGACCGUGGCAGAACACUACUGGAUUCUUGGGGGAGCGAUCUACACUUGAGUUGGAGGUGCUGUUAAACAAGUCAAAUUCAAACGCACAUCGGUUAUGGAUCAAUUCUUGUUCCUGGCGUAAACUCUCUGCUCGGUCCUCGUCGGUGAGCAUGGACUCCACAUUGUCCUUAUUCUCUGUUUGGAACCACCACCGAGCACGCGUCGAAUCAGAACGACCGGGCGGCGAUUCAGAUUUCGAACGAGUAUGGAAUGAGCGUGAGCGCAAUGAAAGAGACGCAAAGUUGCCACGGAAGAUCCAGUGGGACGAGAGUGGAUCGAGUAUACGUCAUUGUCUUCGGGGGAGGCGGACACGCUGUAAGGUGUUGUCACUGAUGAAGUGGGCAGCGUUGAACGAGCGAGGUGGCCUAAAAGCGCAGGGGGGCGGGAAAGCGCACGAGCGGGGGUAAAGGAGUCCGGGAGAUGGGCAGUGGGAGGAAAUCUGAGCGGUUCGGACAGUGCUUCGUUGAGUGACGCGAGACUGGGUGAUAUUGGAGUGGAUGGAGCCGACGAUGUUGGCGACUGUCGUGAGUAGGGGCUCCACGAGCCCAGCCACCGGAGAACAGGUUCCGCAACUGAAGGGGCAACGUUUUCUACCACAGGCUUCCUCAAACCCUGCAUCUGUGUUGGGUCCGAGUUGCUGGAAACGAGUAGGGAUAAUCGUUUGUCUAAAGGAUCGCGAUUUCGAGGAUUAUUUUGGCUGCUGUCGAGGGAUCUGCGUGUGUAGCUCGUGGUCAUUAGUAGAGUGCAUUGAGGUCACGCGCCGACUUCCGAUCGCAACUCCCUUGCAUUUGUCUUCCAUGUUGCUCCCUUCUCUGUUGAAAUCGUCUCCUGGAAUCACGGACACUUUUGCCACGGCCAAAGAACUGGAAACUGCAGCUUCGCUGGGACGCGUCACGACACCAAAAGAGACUGCGCUGUUCGUCUGCGCCUUGGAAGGUACGCAGUGCGAAAUGAGGUCCACUCAGUCCUUACCCAACUGA